CCUCCCCCCCUUUCCUCCUCUCGCCGUCGCUGCGCCGUCUGAACCGUCGCGAAUCCGUUGCAAUCCUCGCUCCGAAGCGGGUUCCGGUCCGAUCCUGACCCGGGUUAUCCCGCCGCAUCUCAAGGCUGGUGCAAAGCCCGGUUUCUGCAAUCCGGCGGCCUUCCCCCUCCCCACCCCUUGCCCGCCUUGUCUCCGCCCGCCAAGGGCCAUGGCCGAAGUGCACGUCAUUGGCCAGAUCGUGGGAGCCAGUGGAUUCCCCAGCAGUUCCUUGUUUUGCAAAUGGGGGAUCCACACAGGGGGAGCCUGGAAAUUGCUGUCGGGUCUCCGGGAAGGGCAGACGCAGGUCGACCAUCCCCAGUUAGACGACGUGGCUUAUUGGUGCCACCCCAUCGAUGUCCACUUUGCCACCAAAGGCCUGCAAGGUUGGCCCAAGCUCCACGUCCAGGUGUGGCACCAGGAUGCGUUUGGGCGCACCGAACUCUACGGCUACGGCUUCUGCCACGUGCCCUCCAGCCCCGGCUUCCACCAGCUGGACUGCGUCACCUGGCGCCCGCUGGGCUCUUGGCAGGAGCAGCUGUCCCAGUGUUUUGUGGGAGGGGGCCCGCAGCUCAUCAGCAGUGACCUGAUCUACACGGGGACCGACCGCUACCGCCUGCAGACCUGCGCCAUGGGCACCGUCCAUUUCCAGCUGUCUGUGUUGCUCCGUAACUUUGACCGCUAUGGAGUAGAAUGCUGAAGCAGGAAGAUGGGCUUGGAGGUGGAAGAUGGGUCCGUGAAUCUCCAAAGUCCAGGAACUGGAAGGACUUGGGGCAAAAGAGGGCUCCCACCCCCGUUUGAAUUGCUAGAAUCGCAAGCCAUAGCUCCGAUCUUUGAACUCUGUCUUUGCAACCCAAAUGGGGAUUUUUUAUUUUUUUUUUGUUUACAUUUAUAUCCCGCCCUUCUCCGAAGACUCAGGGCGGCUUACAGUGUGUAAGGCAAUAGUCUCAUUCUAUUUGUAUAUUUUUUUACAAAGUCAACUUAUUGCCCCCCCAACAAUCUGGGUCCUCAUUUUACCUACCUUAUAAAGGAUGGAAGGCUGAGUCAACCUUGGGCCUGGUGGGACUUGAACCUGCAGUAAUUGCAGGCUGCUGUGUUCUAAUAACAGGCUUCUUAAUAGCCUGAGCUAUCCCGGCCCAUAGUUGGUGAUUUGUCGUCGGGUUUGUUUCCCUGGGUUUGUUUUCUCCCUCCUGAUUCCUCUUCCUAUCGUGGCAGUUUUCAACUUUGGUGACGGUGCUUCUUUCGAUCCUGCCUGGUUCGAUUUUCUUGAGCGGAGUUUGGCCGGAUCCAUCCAAGCGGGGAGCUUCGCUCGGCCUGGAUGCUUAUUCUUCUGUUUUAUCAAGGAGAGAAAAAAAAUAUCUAUUUUCCCAUGAAUUUUUAAUUGAUUUUCUGUGUUUGUUUGUUUUUAAAACCUGCUC